AUGGAGACGCUCGAAAGACUCAGUUCUCGACUAGAAGCCAAACCAUACCGCAAUGCUAGUCUCGUGGAAGAUGACACUCUACCCACCCUGGACCAGAACGGAUAUGUCGCUUUUGCACCGAAUGAUGCAGAGAAUCCCCAGAACUGGUCGGCGGCCCGCAGAUGGUACAUCUCAUCCGGAGCAAUCCUGGCAGUCGUGAAUGCCACUUUUGCCUCUUCAGGUCCAUCUGGAUGUUUGGACAGUAUAGCCCAGGAUCUACAUGUCAGCGUCUUCGCAGCUGGGCUGGUCACGACCGCCUUCCUGCUUGCCUAUUGUGCAGGCCCGCUCUUUUGGGCGCCCGUCUCGGAGAUGUAUGGAAGAAAGUGGAUUUUCUCCGUCAGCUUUGCUGGGUACAUCAUCUUCAACUUUCUCUGCGCGUUUGCACCUAAUKUUGCUGCCCUCUUGGUUGGGAGAUUCUUCACCGGAUUCUUCGCAAGCUCAACACUCUCCAACACACCUGGUCUGCUGACCGACAUCUGGAAUCCUCUUGAACGAGGCAAUGCCUAUGCAAUAUUUACCGUUUCGACGUUCGCGGGACCAGCAUUGGGACCCGUCGUAGCAGGAUUCCUGGAGCUGAAGAAGGAUUGGAGGUGGAUCUUCUAUGUCAUGCUCAUGAUAUCUGCCUGCACGAUACCUCUUCUUCUCGUCAUCCCCGAAACGAGUUCGCCCCAUAUCCUCAUGAAGAAAGCCAAGCGCCUCCGAGGAGCCAAGACUGCCGACUUCAAGGACGUGAAGGCUCCACUGGAAGCAGAAGACCGAGCGCUCGCCCCACUGUUUCGCGUUGCCUUUGCACGCCCACCGGCCAUCUUCUUCGAUCCAAUCUCCUUCGUCAUCGCUUUGUACUCCGCCCUAGUAUACACGCUGCUCUACAUGUUGUUCGCAAUUUAUCCCAUUGUCUUCCAUGGCAAGCGUGGAUACAAUGCAGGCGUCAGUAAACUACCACUCAUUGGCACAGUCGUUGGAGCGUGCAUUGCGGGAUGUUUCAUCUUUUACAACUCUCGACAAGAACGAAAAGAUGUGCUGGCAGGGAAAUCCCGUGUCCCCGAGGAUCGACUUACUUUGGUAAGGCUGCGACAUGUCAUUGUACGACCGAGCAAACACAAGAAUUCUAGGCAAAGUAUGGUGGAGUGCUUUUACCCAUCACUAUGUUCUGGUUCGCGUGGACCGCUCAAUAUAACAGCAUUCACUGGAUAG